GUGGCGCGCUGUGAGCAACCGGCACGGUGAGCAAAUGUUUGGAGUGCGGAAAUUGUUCCAACGUGCCAAGUCUGCGACUAUGGAGUUCCGGCGUAGUGGAGAAUAUGAGGAGACAACACCACCCCAUUCUGGGGACUGUGUCUCGCGCGUACUCUGUCGAGCGUCAGUGUUGAUGACGGUGCUGAUGGUGACGCUUUUGGUCGUUGCGACUGUGCUCAGUCCCUGCCUAGGUGUGGGGUACCGGUGGCGUGCUGUGAGCAGCUGGCACCGGGAGGACAGGUGUCGGAGUGCUGGCAACGGGUGUGAGAACAGCAUCCGUGCUUGGCGGCAUGGGAGUGGUGUCUCCCACGGUCAUCGAACUGGUUCCGCUUCUCUUGAACAGAGGACAUACAACUCAAGGUCUCUGAAAGCUACCGAUGCUGUACUGCCAACGAUCCGCGAUCCUGAGCUGAUAGUGAACAAGACGAAGGUGCUCACUUUGACAGACUCGACACUGAAGCCGGUGUUUCCCGCGUCGAUCAGCAACUCCUUCGAUUUGGCCGGCUGCAAUAACAUCCUCGAAGACUUGGUGCUCGCAUCCAAUGGCUCUGUCUUGUAUUAUGUUCUCGACCAGCGGUGCUACAGUCAGUUGAACGGGUCCGACUCGGAGGAGUUCACGUCGAGUUUGCUGCACUCCGUACGGAAGGCUGAACGGAGGGCAGGCUCAGGGGKAUGGGAAGCCUUCCAGAACGAUUCGCUGAUUACUUACUSGUGGGCGUUUAACGAUAGCGAUGGCAUGAGACCCUCCUCGCCAAUCAUCUUCAACGAGAACUCGACAAUGGAGCCGAUGAUGUGGCUGAAUGGCAUGGACUUGUCCGACGAAGGGACGACUUUGGUGCUAACCACUGAAACACAUGAGGCCAUGGGCAACCCGCUUGAGGAGGGGAGCUGGAUGGUAACCUUGCUCUCUGCUGUGAAUGGCACUAGGCGAUCGAUCCCCCUGCCGGGGAUGACCGCUUGUGGCAUGGGGUUCGAUCCGACGAAGACCAACGCCUACCUUGUGGAUAUGGCCUAUCCGCCGCGUCUGCUGUCUGCAGACUUCGGAGCUCUGCUGGGGAAUGGUGCCAGCAUUACAGCUGACAUGUUGUUCAAGCCCGAAGCCACCUUCCGUCGCGAAAUGGGAUUGAACCUCUCCACCUUGUACGUACGUCCGCAAGGAUUCACUCCUGAUGGUAGUUGCCUGUACAUAGUCGACAGGGCGGAGGAUAGUAUAUUUGCCGUCGAUCUGUCGACGAGGAACAUAACUCUUGUCGCUGACCGGAAAGCAGUUGGUCUUCUGGAGGGAGAGACGGCCCGAUUGAGAGAGGUUGUGGUAACCAAGGACGGGUGCAAUGUUUUCGUUACUGGCAUCGACGGUUAUUUGCGAUGGAUUCAGUUAAAAGCGCAGUGCAGCGAAGCGCAAACGGCGGAUGUCGUCGUGUCUUAUAUCGCAGGCGGUUUCUGGGGUUUGGCGAUCCAGGAGGAUGACAACGGGGUUGGCCUGUACAUUGGAACGAAUGACGGACACGUGUUCCAGCUGGAAGUAAAUAAGUCCGCCCUGCACGCAUGCCCCCCGCCCUCCCGACCACUACCGCCCUCCACGAGCCCUCCCCCUCCCCCAUCUUCUUAUCCUCCUCCCGUCAUCUCAUCAUCCUCUCCCCCACCGUCCGAUCAACCCUGGGUGUCCGCUCCGGAUGCCAAAAGCGGCCGAAAUCUAGCUCUAGCWGUCUAUCUGCCCGUGGCCAUUGUGUCAGGCUUUGCCAUCUGUGCGGGCCUCCUGGUCGGUCUCUUCUGCUAUCGGAGGCGGGAAAGUCGAAAGCCGCUGGAAAGUCGGGAGCGGCGGGAAGGCGCGGCGCUGCCUCCGCUUGGACAGGACCAACCUGCCCCUCCCAGUUUGUCUUAUUCCUCCCUAGCCGGUAGUUCACUGCCCGAUGAUUCUCGCAAGGGAGCAUCGAGCGGCCAUAAGCGCGUCCAGGACGUUCAGCCCUUCAGCGUGACCUCGUUCCCGCUGGAAACCUUGGCGUUCGUCACUGGCAAUUUCGGUGAUCAUUAUCGCAUAGGAGACAAAGGUGCUUUUGGCGAUGUCUACUGGGGGGCUCUUGGCGACAGGGAGGUCGCUAUCAAGGUGAUGAGGGGCGGCGUGACGGCGGASAAGCGWAAGCAAUUCGUCGUCGAAGUGAGCACAUUGAGCAGGCUCCAUCACUCCAAUCUCAUCGACCUCAUAGGUUACUGCCAGGAAGGGAAUACGUGCAUCCUUGUAUACCCCUACUUCCGGGGCGGCAGUCUCUCCGGUCGCUUGCACAAAAGAGAUGCCACUCCUAGGACAGAAGCCGGUGCUCCAGCUCCUCCUCUUACGCUAGUGGAGCGCAUGUGUGUGGCCUUUCAGAUCGCCAAGGGUCUCCGCUAUCUUCACACGGAUGUAGAGCCCCCGAUCAUACACAGGGAUAUCAAGAGCAGCAACGUCCUUCUGGAAGAUGGAUCGGGGGCGAAUCUGCGCGCCGUCGUCGCCGAUUUCGGACUGGCGAGGAUGUGUGACAACCUCUUCGAUACGCAAUUCGGGACUAUUGCGCUGACUAGCCACGUGGCAGGUACCCAGGGCUACAUGGCGCCGGAGUACCAGCUGAGAGGCAAGCUGACGGUCAAGAACGACGUGUACGCUUUUGGCGUUAUCCUCCUGGAGCUGCUGACGGGUAGGAAGGCGAUCACGCCGGGACCACCGCCAGGGGGAGAAUGGCAAACGCUUGUGGAGUGGGUGAGACCGUCGCUAGGAGGUCCUCUAGAUCUUGACACCAUACCGAUCGAGAUUCUCGACACGUGUCUGCGAGACCAGCAGGGCGAUGGUGAGGAAGAGAUACCAAUGAGAAUACGUGAGAACGAUGAUGAUGAUGAUGAUGAUGAUGAUGAUGACGGAAUGAUGCUAAUGACUUGCGAUAUCAUAAUCUGAACUGACCACCCGUAGUAGGUAAUUCAGUAUUUCACUC